GCCCCGACCCCGCCGCCGCGCCUGCCGGGGGCCUCGGGCGCCCCCGCCGCCCGCCUCACGCUGAAGUUCCUGGCCGUGCUGCUGGCCGCGGGCAUGCUGGCGUUCCUCGGUGCCGUCAUCUGCAUCAUCGCCAGCGUGCCCCUGGCGGCCAGCCCGGCGAGGGCGCUGCCCGGCAGCGCCGACAACGCCUCGGUAGCCUCGGGCGCUGCCGCGUCCCCGGGUCCGCAGCGCAGCCUGAGCGCGCUGCACGGCGCAGGUGGCUCGGCUGGGCCCCCCGCGCUGCCGGGGGCACCCGCGGCCAGCGCGCACCCGCUGCCGCCCGGGCCCCUGUUCAGCCGCUUCCUGUGCACGCCGCUGGCGGCCGCCUGCCCGUCGGGGGCCCAGCAGGGGGACGCGGCGGGUGCAGCGCCGGGAGAGCGUGAGGAGCUGCUGCUGCUGCAGAGCACGGCCGAGCAGCUGCGCCAGACGGCGCUGCAGCAGGAGGCGCGCAUCCGCGCCGACCAGGACACCAUCCGCGAGCUCACCGGCAAGCUGGGCCGCUGCGAGAGCGGCCUGCCGCGCGGCCUCCAGGGCGCCGGGCCCCGCCGCGACACCAUGGCCGACGGGUCCUGGGACUCACCCGCGCUCAUCCUGGAGCUGGAGGACGCCGUGCGCGCCCUGCGGGAUCGCAUCGACCGCCUGGAGCAGGAGCUCCCGGCCCGUGUGAACCUCUCAGCUGCCCCAGCCCCAGUCUCUGCUGUGCCCGCCGGCCUGCACUCCAAGAUGGACCAGCUGGAGGGGCAGCUGUUGGCCCAGGUGCUGGCACUGGAGAAGGAGCGCGCUGCCCUCAGCCACAGUGGCCACCGACAGCGGCAGGAAAUGGAGAAGGAGUUGGACGUCCUGCAGGGUCGCGUGGCUGAACUGGAGCACGGGUCCUCAGCCUACAAUCCCCCAGACGCCUUCAAGAUCAGCAUCCCCAUCCGCAACAACUACAUGUACGCCCGCGUGCGGAAGGUGCUGCCCGAGCUCUACGCAUUCACCGCCUGCAUGUGGCUGCGGUCCAGGUCCAGUGGCCCUGGCCAGGGCACCCCCUUCUCCUACUCGGUGCCUGGGCAGGCCAAUGAGAUUGUGCUGCUGGAGGCGGGCCAUGAGCCUAUGGAGCUGCUGAUCAAUGACAAGGUGGCCCAGCUGCCCCUGAGCCUGAAGGACAAUGGCUGGCACCACAUCUGCAUCGCCUGGACUACAAGGGAUGGCCUAUGGUCUGCCUACCAGGACGGGGAGCUGCAGGGGUCCGGUGAGAACCUGGCUGCCUGGCACCCCAUCAAGCCUCAUGGGAUCCUUAUCUUGGGCCAGGAGCAGGAUACCCUGGGCGGCCGGUUUGAUGCCACCCAGGCCUUUGUGGGUGACAUCACCCAGUUUAACCUGUGGGACCACGCUCUGACUCCAGCCCAGGUCCUGGGCAUUGCCAACUGCACCGCACCACUGCUGGGCAACGUCCUUCCCUGGGAAGACAAGUUGGUGGAGGCCUUUGGGGGUGCAACGAAGGCCGCCUUCGAUGUCUGCAAGGGGAAGGCCAAGGCAUGAGGGGCCACCUCAUCCAGGGCCCCUCCCUUGCCUGCCACUUUGGGGACUUGAGGGGGGUCACAUUCCCUCCUCAGCCUGCCCACACACUGGCCUUCCCUCCUGCCCCACUCCUGGCUGUGCCUCCCGUUUCCCUUCACCUGUACCCACACCUCCAGAAUGUCCCGCCCUGUGAGCGUGUCCCCUGUCCCCACCCGGGUGGAGAGGAGUGUCUCAAGUGAACAGUGGGAGCCUGGCCUCCUGGCAUUGCAUUGGAAUUGUCUCUUACCCCACCCCUCCCUGCCCAUCAAUUGCAUCUGAUUUCACUAAUUCUGACAGCACCCCCCGUAGGGUAGGGUUGUGUAUGUGUAAAGAGGUCAGAUGCUUUCCAACAUGACACCCAGAACAUCUUCCUUUAUGCAACACCCAAAGAUCUUGGCAUCCCCGCACUUCCUGGGGUGUUAUGAUCCCUGGGCAUUUCGGCAGAAUGGAGACCUGAGGUGUCCCUCUUGUGCUAGUCACCUACCAGGUGUCUGAGCAGCUGCAGGCUACCUGGCUCAAGUGGGCACUGGUACCUCUUGCCUACUUUUUUGUUCCCUGUCUGUCUCCACUCCCUGAGGCCACUUAGCCUGAGACAUGACGCAAGAGCUGCAGGCCGGGGGGUUCAGUGCCGUGGAAGCUCCUCCAAGACACAUUGCCUCCGGUGCCCAGAUGCUUGCUUCCAUUUCGAGAACAUAAAUAGAUUGCCAGCCCCUCCGGUCCAAUCCCACUGGAAGAAAAGGUGAUGUCGGGCUUCCACCAGACCCGCUGAGACCUAGGUUGCCAUGGUAACAGCCAAUGACAUCAACCCAAGUGCUGGGUCAAGUGUCUCAUCAUAAUGGCACUGUUGCUGGGGUGAUGGUAGAAUUCAGAACCUUGAUUUCAGUGACGCCAAGUUUGAUCUGUUUCUGUUAUUGUCUCGAAGAAGGUAGCUCUUAUGGAGGACGUGGGAGAAGGAUAGGGUCUUAACAAGGAGGUGGCGGCACUUGCUAGGUCACUUGGGCCCACCCAGACACACGACCCCAGGUCCUUUAUGCUUGUCUCAGUGAAGAUGAGGGCUCUGACGCCUGAGCCUUGUUCCCAUGCCACAUCACCCACUCAGCCUCCCAAAGGGAACAGGAACACGUUUCACCAGUGCGCCACUGUUUGGGUCCCACUUUUCCUAUCUUCUGCUGCUCCUGAGUGCAUCCAAGCAGACAGAGAAAGAGGAACCAGACGUGGCACCCAGUCACAUCCUGUGUGCUCCUGGCUGAUAACCACAACGGAGCCUAUGUUUGUCCUGCCAUCUGACACUGCACUGAGUGUGGCUCGGGCACCGUCCCGUUGAUCCUCACAACACAGUUCUGAGUCAGGACAUUCUUGGCUCCAUUAGACAGGCGAGGAAACGGGCACAGAGAGGUGAUAUCAUCUGCCUGGUGUCAAUCAGCUAGCGAGUGAUUGAGCCCAGAUUUCAAACCACAGGGGGUUUGAAACCAAGGGUCCGGGGCCUGAGUACCCCCUUACCUGUGUAGAGGUCCAUCUGGGCACCAUUGCUCCGAUGUGUUCCGACCCUGUUCUCCAGCCCACAGGGCUUGAAGUGGAGGAACAGAGGCAGGGGGUGGGUCAGCCCUGGGGCCAGGGUCCCCUUGGUGAAGCCGUGCCAGGGGGAUCAUUUGCUUCAGGGAAUGUGUCCCUCCCACUGUGGGCCAGAGCUUCAGCCUUUCUCUAGCUCAGCUGGAGUUCACAGGAGAACCAAAAAAGAAAAGGAAGCUGAGCAUCUCCUGAGGGUCCUGGGCAGGGAAGGGGAGGGAAAUUGCUGCUCCUCCAACUCCUGCUUGGAGCCAAGCCCUGCGCCAGGUGCUUCCCAGCUGUUAUCUGCCAGAUCUUCCCAUCUUGUGGCAUGUGGUGCUCCCACCGACAUCUCAAGGGGACCAAUUCCCUUGCCACAACUUUGCAUGAGCUGGGACCACAGAUUUGGGCAGGAAGCGCUCCAAGAGAAGGCCGAAGCGCUCGUUUUUACAGAUGAGGACGCUGAAGCCCAGGGAGGGGAGGGACCCUCAAGACCACCCAGCUGAACACGGGAGACUUGAGCCCAGCCUUCUGACUGCGUUCAGCCCUCUCUAGGACACAGCAGCCUCUCCCCAGCACUGAGUCGCCCUUUCUCUGUGCAUCCCAGCACCCUUGGCCUGAGUAAACUGGGGCUCCCUGCCAGAGAUGGGAUUACUCUCUUUGCCCUUUUAUUCCAGCUGCCUGCCACUCCAGACCCCACCUCCCACCCUGAUCCCCUGACUCCUGUGUGGGGAAGGGGCUCACAUGGGGCCAGGCCGAGUGUGAGUGAGCAUGUCAAGUUGUCCGACACUGUGACAUUAAUGCACCCUACUGACAACUCCUCCCCAGCCUCGCCCCUUUCUCCUCUCCCUGUUUUGUACAUAAAUUGACAUGAGCUGCAACGUGUGUGCGUGUGCGUGCGUGUGUAUGUGUGUGUGUGAUCUGUGUCAUGGUUUUGUUACCUUUUUGUUUUUGUAAAUUUGAAUGUUCAAAAUAAACAUGCUGUUUACUC